AAGUCUCAAACUAGUGGGAAUAGUCAAAAUCGCAAAACAUUCCAUCCAGAAAAAUACGUACAUUUACAAUAGCUAUGCUUUCUCCAAGACUGAUUUCUCUUCUCUUCUUCUUCUUUCUGAUCCUCAACCUAACCCUAAUAUCUCAUCACGGCACCAAUGCCCAGCAAAACUUCUUGAAAUUCUUUUGCGGUAACAGCACCGUCGACGAUGAUACCACCAAUAGUACCUUCAAAACCAACUUAAAAUCCCUUUUAUUUAACAUCUCUUCCGACACAAAAAUCGACUAUGGUUUCUACAACUUCUCCUCUGGCCAAAACUCCGACAAAGUCAACGUCAUCGGUCUAUGCCGAGGAGAUGUUAAGGUACAAGAUUGUCGCAGUUGUCUCACAGAUUCAAGAGUUGUUCUUCUCCAAGUUUGUGCCCCUAACGUCAGAGAAGCAAUCGGGUGGUAUGAUAACUGCUUUCUCCGAUACUCCAACCGAACCAUAUUCGGCGUCAUGCAAACACAGCCAUAUUUCUAUCUGUGGAACACACAGGACGCGUUGCAGAAGGACCAGUUCAAGUUUGUGGUGACAGAGCUGAUGAAGUUCUUGAGAGAGAAAGCUGCUGCCGGCGACUCUAUUCGGAAGUUUGCGGCGGCGAACGCGACGGGGCCGAGCAAUCAAACGAUAUACGGUCUUGCACAGUGCACUCCGGACUUGUCGAGCAAGGAUUGCAAUAUUUGCUUGAAUGGGGCAAUCUCUGAAAUUCCAAAAUGUUGCGAUGGAAUGAAAGGUGGAAGAGUGGUAAGACCCAGCUGCAACAUUAGAUAUGAAACCUACAGCUUCUUCGAUCCUGCUGCUUCACAACCUUUCACAUCACCGCCGUUGCCACCAUCUCCUCCGGUAGUUCUAGAUUCCAUACCCAAACAAGGAAAGUGCAACUCAUCCCGAGCUAUAAUUGCCGUGGGAGUCCCAAUUAUUGUGUUGCUGGCAGUGCUUAUCUUUGUGGUCCUACUUAAAGCGAGGAGAGCCAAAAAUAUUGAAACUAAUAAGUCAACAAAUAUUUCAUGUUCUGAGUUAGAGAACGAAGUGCAGAAAGUGAAAGUACAACAAGAACAGAGUAGAUUACAACAGCAACAGAUGAAUGCAGCUUUGGCAUUCCUACUCCAAAACUUUGAGGGUCAGCUGCCAUCUGAGCUUGUUACCACGGUACAAGAUGGUCGAUACAGUGGAAAUCCAGGAGCCAAUAAAACUCAGGCGCCACACUCCAAUAAAGAUAAUUAGCUUAACUGGCAGAUCAAUGGCAGUAUAAAUUUGGCUUAAGUUAUAGUAGUACUAGUAAGGACUUUAACGUAAUUCUAGCCGUUGUAAUGGAAUAUGUAUUUGAGUUUUAUUACUAGAAAAUAUUGCAGAACAUGCACUGGCCAUUUAAACCGAUGCGAAGCUAAAAGCUUCCAAUGUUUAAUUACGGUUCUUGACGUGUGACCA